AUGGCGACUUCUGCAUAUGCGCAAUCGCAGGACCAGGUCCAGCAGAUGAUUGCUCUUGUCAAGACCUUAACUGUGGAAAAGUUGAAAACCCUCCUAAGAGCUGAGAAUUUGACUGUUGGUGGUGUAAAGAGCGAGCUACAGAUCCGGACUAUCGCACGUAGGACUGCCUCACAAUUCCUUUUUCGAAGUUUACUUCUGACAAAGUCUCUGCCAGAUAUUGAAAAGCUGCGCAAUGCGGGUGACCAGGCUGGGCUGAGUCGAGUGCGAGGCAAUAUUAGAGGUCUGCCUUCCAUUUAUGCCUCAUCCACAUACCCUUCACCUUACUCCCCGCACACCUCGACAUCUUCCGCUUCACCUAGUUAUUCUUCGCCUGUUCCUCACCCCUCUUACAACAUGCCUGGUUCGUUUUCGAUGUCGAAUCGGAUUACUUUCAAGAAUUCUCCCUUCUAUACCAUCACCAGGUCUUUAACCAACACUCUCGAAUGCAAAGCUCGCGAGGCAACCCGUGAUACGGCGCGAUUGACCGUGACACUCUCUCCACAACAGGCAGACCAGCUGUCACAAGAUUCUUCAUGCAAGGUCAUGGUAUUCUGCGCUGCCGAAGGGUUCCAGCCGCUCUCGAGAGAAUCUGACAUUGCUUUCCCCCACAACGUGGAACUAAAAUGCAACUCCGACGAAGUCAAGGCAAAUCUGAGAGGUCUCAAGAACAAGCCCGGAUCCACCAGGCCUGCAGACAUCACCCAUCUCAUCCGCAAAAAGGGAAACUAUCCAAACACGGUUGAGAUGGUCUAUGCCCUGACCACUAAGAAAUUCUAUUUGGUAGUGAAUUUGGUCCAACAAAAAUCCAUCGGCACGAUGGUCACUGAACUCAGACACGGAAAAGUCAUUAGCAAAGAGCAGGUCCUCCGGGAGAUGCGAUCGAAAGCCGAAGAUCCUGAUGAAAUUGUUGCAACCUCUAGCGUCUUAUCACUGAAAGAUCCCGUUGCUUAUACUCGGAUCGUUACUCCUUGUCGUUCCAUAGGCUGUAACCACAACCAGUGUUUCGAUGCCGCCUCGUAUCUUCAGUUACAAGAACAAGCCCCGACUUGGACAUGUCCGAUUUGUAGCAAGCCUGCUCCCUGGGAGAAUCUUGCCCUCGAUCAAUAUGUUAAUGACAUUUUGUCGUCAACCUCCCGGGAUACUGAGGCGGUCACAGUCACUCCUGAUGGGAGAUGGCAUCCGCAGAAGGACGACGAUGGCUCGAGUCGCAGAGGCAAUCCAACUCCAAGUGACGACGAUGACGAUGAUGAUCUAGUUGAAAUACGAGACGGCCCAUAUGCACGGCCCAAUGUUGAAACGCUUACGCCACACAGUGUGAGGACUCCUCCACUAUCCUCGAGAGAGGACUCUAGAGCACCAUCGACGUCAGCACCGAGAUCAAAUAAACGUUCGCGUGAGGAUGUGAUUGAUUUGACUUUGAGUGACGAUGAGGAUGUUCCUGCUCCGAAAGUUCAAAGGACUACGAGUCCAUCAGAAACGACGAGAAUACGUCCGCCCGAUAGUCGGUAUCAUUUUCAACUGCCUCCUCCGAACCCGUCGUCAUCUUUUAACUUUGAUAAGGUGCAUCCUUCUUUUUAA